GACUAUUCGCGCUCACCAGCAAUUAGGGAUCCGUGGAGUUUGAUAUUUUGAGUUUUAGCUGAUUUGAUCGAGUUAAGUGUUCUUGUUCACGCUGUUACACGUCUUGUUGUGUUUGCUGCUAUUUAUUUUGCCCUACAGCGACCUAAGUCCGCGAGAAAUUGCCCCAUGAAGUUUUAAAUUCCGUUAAACUGCAAUCGACAGCGAAAUGCAACGUGCGUCAGUCAUUCACCAUGCCUUGCUCUGUUCUUUACUGGUAAUAUUUUGGGAUCGCGGAUCCAGUCAUACAGCUUUGUGUAAGCCAGGAAGGUUUGUGAAGAACUCACUCUGCGUGUCGUGGUGUGGUUCUGGUUACUAUGGCGACGACGAGAGUGGGAAAUGCGAAAAGUGCGAUGCCAGUUGUAAAACAUGUAUCGACGGAGCAAAAAAAUGUACGAGCUGUUAUCCACCGCUAUACAUCAAAGGAACUUUAUGUGUGCCGUCUUGUGGUGACCAAGUUGCGAAAGGACCUCCAGAUCGCCAAAUAAGGCUUGUUGGGGGAAAUAGUCAUUUUGAAGGCCGAGUAGAGGUAUUCUAUGACAACCGUUGGGGUACAAUUUGUGAUGAUUCAUGGGAUAUCAACGAUGCUAAAGUUGUCUGUAGAGAGCUGUUGCUAGGUGACGCUUAUGUGGCGGUCACAUUUGGAAGACUGGGAAAAGGUUCAAGCAAGCAGCCCAUCUGGCUUUCAAAGGUCAAUUGCCUUGGUAAUGAGACGCGACUGCACAAUUGUCCGCAUCCCGGGUGGGGCGAGCAUUCUUGUGGUCACUUUGAAGAUGCAGGGGUUCGCUGCGCGGGGCCUGAUACUACACGGGAAUGCACAGACCAGUGUGGAGACGGGUACUUUAAAAUGAGGCUUCAAAAUAAAUGUGGAGUGUGCAUGGCUUCUUGUUUAACUUGUGCCAAAUCUGCAAGCAAUUGUACAUCUUGUGAUAAACCCCACUUCUUGAAAGGGAACACUUGUACAACAUAUUGUGGAGAUGGUUUCUAUGGAGAUCCCGCAGACCGAAAGUGCAAAUUAUGCAGUUCCAAUUGCCGCACAUGCGCCGAUGGAACUUAUCCUGACGUUUGCAAAAGCGAAGGUGCAACGCCUCACGACGUUUGCACUAGUUGUCAUGACGACCGAUACCUUAAUGGAACUGACUGCGUAGGAAGUUGUGCAGAGCUCCACGUUGGGCAAAAGCGGCGAGUGCGUUUGGCAGGAAAGAGACCGACUGACCUAGAAGGUCGUGUCGAAGUAUACCGUGCAGAAGCCUGGGUAACGAUAUGUGACCAGACUUUUGAUUUCAGAGAGGCGACUGUUAUUUGUCGCGAGCUCGGUCUGGGUCCGGCCCUAAAAGCUGUGAAGAGAUCAGCAUAUGGUCGUGGAUAUGGACGAAUAUGGACGGACAUUCUUAACUGCACUGGACGAGAAAGCACGAUUUUUGAUUGUCCGCUAGUCAAGCGAAGUUUUAGUUCUCGUUGCUACCAUAGCAAUGAUGUCGGAGUGCAGUGUGCAGGGCCUAUUGGAAAGCAUGUCACAAAUCGGUGCCAAAAAACGUGUGAUGCGGGUUGGUUCAAAAAUGACGUGGAUGUUUGCACAAUGUGUGCAGCUCAAUGCUUGGAAUGCAUAGGUACAAAUGUGCGCUGCACCAAGUGUGCAGCACCCAAAUUUUUGAAAGAUAAUACUUGUGUAGAUAAGUGUGGCGAUGAUGAGUUCGGAUAUACACCGAAACGUGUGUGCCGAAAGUGUAACACUCAUAUCUGUGUCACGUGUAGUGAUGGAUCUGAUGACAAGAACUGUACCUCUUGCAAAGAGCCAAAAGCGCUCAAAAAUGGCAAGUGUGAAGACGAUUGUGGACCAAAUAUGUACAAGAAGAGUGGUCGCUGCGUUGAGGAUUGUGGGAUUUCCAUGUUCAAAAAUCCAAGUAAUUAUUCGUGCCUCCCUUGCCCCAGUGACUGCAUCACUUGUGAAUUCCGGUCAGGUAAAGCUAUUUGCACAAUCUGUCACCCUCCACUUGUUCUCGACGAGGUAAGGGGAGCAUGCUUACAUAACUGCACCUCAGGGAUCGCUGUACCUUCCGUCAAUUUCACGUUGAAAACCACACCAACAGUUAGGCUGUCCAACGGCAGAGAUUACUUAGAGGGUCUGUUGGAAGUUUAUCACAUGGGCGUAUGGGGAACUGUUUGUGAUGAUGGUUGGGACGUUUCUGAGUCGACUGUCAUCUGCAGAGAGUUGUAUCUUGGAGGCGUCGACACCUCUGUGUCUCUAGGCCAUAUUCCGAAGGGAACAGGUAAGAUGUGGCUGGACGAUGUCUUCUGUACUGGAAAGGAGAAAUCAUUAAAUGAUUGUCGCCAUCGUCCGUGGGGACAAACAAACUGUCAACACAAAGAGGACACCGUCUUGCGCUGCAAGGGUCCAGGAGUGCGUACGUGCAAAGGCAGUUGCCCAGAUGGCUUCUAUCCGAUGGGAAGCGAGUGCUUGCAGUGCAAUGCCUCGUGCAAAACGUGCAACGAGACUGCUGAUAAGUGUCUCACCUGUGCACCGGGUUUCUUCAAAAAGAACGACUCCUGCGUGAAGGAUUGUGGCCGUGGUUAUUACCUGGACAGUUUUUGUAAAAAGUGCAGCAUAAAUUGUGCCGACUGCCAAGGAAAAGCAGAUGACUGUAUUUCUUGUGCACCCCCAUUGUUUAGGAAAGGAUCAUCUUGUGUUAAAAAUUGCACCAAUGGCUUUAAGCCCUCCUCAGUACCUCUGAUCCGCCUUGUUGGAGGCAACACACCGUUGGAGGGCACAAUUGAGAUCCUUCAUGAUGGGAAAUACGGUACAGUGUGUGAUGACGCCUGGGACAUUCGGAAUGCUCACGUUGUGUGUAGGAUGUUAAACAUGGGAAAUGCUUCUCGAUCGGUCGAACGAGCUGGAUUUGGAGCAGGGAAAGGCCGCAUAUGGUUGGAUGAAGUUCAGUGCUUUGGGAAUGAGUCAUCGUUACUUGCUUGCAAGCAUCUCGGCUGGGGACAGGAAAAUUGUGACCACAGCGAAGACGCUGGUGUUGUCUGUAAGGGUCCUGAUCACUCACGUGAUUGCUUAGAUAACUGCUCCUCAGGGUAUUUCAUAAACCCUCUGGAUAAAAGUUGCGGUCGAUGUAGUCCGAAUUGCAAGGAAUGCUUUGGAACGCCAGAAAACUGCUCGCGCUGCGAUGAGGACAAGUUCCUUAAUAGAACUGGAAACUUGAGUUCUUGUGUCUCUGAUUGUAAAAGGGGACAAUUUGGAGACCCCAUUACUAGAAUAUGUCGGGACUGCUUGCCUGUCUGUUCGGACUGCAUUGGAGAGCCGAACAAAUGCACUGAAUGCCCAGUCGGGAAACAUCUCUUGGAAAAUUCAUGUGUGGAGAAUUGCACACGGCUGGCAAAUAAAAUUGUCAGCGGUGUCCCAAACAUAAGACUUGUAGGUGUCAACUCCUCAACAGAAGGGCGCGUAGAAUUGUUCUAUCAAGGAGAAUGGGGAACAAUAUGUGAUGAUAACUUCGACCUAAAAGAAGCUAUGGUGAUAUGUCGACAGCUCAAAUUGGGAAAAGCCAUUGCCGUCUACCACUCUGCAAAAUACGGACAGGGGACCGGGAAAAUAUUAAUGGAUGAUAUACAGUGCACUGGGAACGAACGGAAACUUCAAGAUUGUCCUUUUGACACUGGUGGAUUUGGGUCUCACAACUGUUAUCACAGCGAAGACGCCGGAGUGAAAUGCUCCGGUCCUGAUCUGUCUACAAGGUGUGUAUCCAAUUGUGAACCAGGUUUCUAUGAUGACAAAAACACAUGCAAACGCUGUCUUCCACAGUGUAAAGAGUGUCUUGGUAAGGCAGGGCGGUGCUCCAGCUGUAACCCGCCAUAUUUCCUGGAGUUUUCUGAUUGCGUGAAGGAAUGUCCGUUUAGUAAAUUUGGCAACACAAAGAAUCGGAAGUGUGAGCCGUGCGACAAACAGUGUCAGUCGUGCUACGAUGGCGAAACCAACAACUUGUGCAAGUCUUGCCGUCAGGGGCUUUUCUUGAAGGGAAUGCAAUGCGUGGAGGAUUGUCGUGAAAUGAAACCCGUGUCUUCCCUGUUUCCGCCAAAGCUGAAAAAACCUUUGGUUCGUUUGGUGAAUGGCAGUAGUAAACAAGAGGGAAGAGUUGAAGUUUUUUACGCCGGCAUGUGGGGAACAGUUUGCGAUGAUGACUGGGACCUCAAAGAGGCGUCCAUUGUUUGCAAAGAACUCGGCUUUGGAAAAGCGAAAGAGGCUCCCAAGCACUCGAAAUUCGGGCAAGGAAGUGGCAUUAUCUGGAUGGAUAACGUGAAUUGUCUUGGUUAUGAGACAUCUCUUACCCAGUGUAGACAAAUUGGCUGGGGUCUGACCAAUUGUGACCCAUUCCACGGAGAAGAUGCCGGAGUAGUAUGUGAUAAUACAACAGUAGAGGAAAUUAGCAAUAACUACUGUAGAAGGGUCAACGACGGAAAGUGUGAAGAUAAAAAGGAGUGUGAUUUGGUCAACGGUGUUACUUGCGUGAAUCUUAAUUUUCUCGACCAGAACGGUGUAGAGGAGUCAGUUUGUCUACAAUGCCCUGAUGGUACAGCUGGCGAUGGCAGAGAAUGUCGAGCUAUCGCGUCCAGUCCUCCAAUAUUCGAGGAUUUUCCACCGAGUAGGAAAGAAGCCAAUGCAGAGGAUGUGAUAAGCUUACCGUGUCGCUCGAAACCUCCUCGGGUUUAUCCAACCGUGCGGGACUGGCGAAAAGACGGAAAGCCCCUCCUAGAAGAGGAUACAACUUCUAAUCGUAUCACCUCGAGUGGUGGUCAGCUGCUAAUUAAAUCAGCCACAAGGGAAGAUAGUGGAAAUUACACGUGCAGUCUUGUUAACAGUGCAGGAAAUGUUACCAGUAACAGCUCUCAAGUCAUAGUCAAGGAGGCACCGCGAAUACUUGGAGUCGUGUCAACGGAUGUCAGAAGGGGUGAUGAUGCGCUAUUGGGCUGUGUCGUGUCCAGUUUUCCUCCAAGCAAUAUAACAUGGACGUUAAAAGGAAAGACUCUGGAAUCCUCAGAUAAAUACGAGUUUUUAGAUGAAACCUAUACUCUUAAAGUGAAGGAAGUGAUGUUUGAAGAUGCUGGUUUUUACGAAUGUUCUCUUAUGAAUGAACUAGGAGAAGCCCGUGCUAAUGCUACUCUCACUGUGGGGCUGACUGUCGAGUUCCAAGUCUUUCCAACAAACACUGUCGCGAAAGAAAAAGGAGAAACAGAAAAUUUCGAUUGUAAAGUGACUGGAGUUCCCAUCCCUCAAAUUGCUUGGAAGAAGGAUGGUGAAUUGUUAAUGAAUGACAGUAAACACGCCAUCACUACAGAUAUCUUGGUCGAAAAGAAUACUGUCACAAGCAGGUUAUUAAUAAAGGACUUGAGCGAGGAAGACAUCGGGAUUUAUUAUUGUAUAUCAUGGAAUCGUGGCGGUAUUCGUCUCACCAAGGCGAGACUUUUGUUACCUGGUCCACCAAUUAUCACUAUUCCUCCAGAGGACGUUCAUAUUCUCUCACGAGCUAACGCUUCUUUCUUUUGUGAUGGUGUGGGUUUCCCAAAUCCUUCGUUAACGUGGCUCAAGGAUUCUAAACCUAUUCAGCAGUCGAAGAGAGUUCUGAUAACGGAGGAAAAUGCACUCUGGGUACUUAGUGCUACUGUCGAUGAUGUUGGAAUAUACACCUGCGUGUAUGAAAAUAAGAAUGGCGAAGUCAGCGCAUCAGCUUCGCUUUUUGUAGAUGGUAUUGCACCAGGAAAACAAUCCGUGUCGCCGCCUUUAGCAUCCAAGCGACCGAUCUCGACUGGGACAAUAGUGGCUAUUGUGGUGAUUCUGGUUGUCGUUUUUGUUGUCAUUGUUGGUAUCGUGUUGUAUCGCUACUGUCGAGCACGUGAUCAGGCCUUCAAGUUUUCAGUGGAUGAUAGAAAUCUGAAACCAUCUCUUCGCUCACGGGUCAAAAAGGCCAUGGGAAAGAACCACUCUGCCAAUCUGUACUACAAUCAUAGCCAAGAUGAAAUUAAUUUUGACGACAGUAGACCGUUUGCGGACCAGGACGAACUCUGAUGAAUUUAAUUGGAAGAGUUUGACAGCUGUCACGCCAGAAGACUUACAAACAAUAUUUACGAAUUGAAGUUGUGCUUACAGUCAUCAUGGAGAAUGACAAUAAGCAACUUUGUAUAUGAAAUACUUGUUAAUCAAACCCUGUUCAUUAACUUUGUGUAAAAUGUCUUAAAUGUUUCGGAUUUAGGGGUCACAUUAACAAAUACAUUGUAUACUUGGGAUAUGGUAAGAUGUACCUUAGAGGUUACGAUUUCUUUGCCCCCUGAGGUAAAAUUGAACAACCUCAGGUUUUAUCCCAAGUUGGGAUAGACUAAAUUUUAUCCUUGGGGUUACAAACUGCACCUCAUGGAUAUUACGAGGAUUCGGGUUACUAUGUGCUCAGGGUAGCAGACUAAACAUUUAACCGGCCUAGUGAGGAAAGGGGUGAACCCUGGGAAGAAAAGUUUGGAUGUAAGAGUUAGAGGUACAAUGUCGCUCGUGUAUAGGACAGAAAUCACAGGGUAUGGGAUCACUGUGGUACGGCUAGUAAAGAGUGAAGACUGAUAUACGUUUAUUCUUCGAGGAUGAGGGUUUUCUUAUGGAUAAAGGUGUCUUGAUUCCCAUCAGGACAAGUUAUCGAUGGCAGGCAGAUAAUCGCAUUAUAUCAUGAUUUAUCGAUACUAGUUACUAGUUAUUAAUCUAUUGUUCUUUUAGUUGAAGAUUCAUAAAUUUUCAUUCAGAGACUCGCAGAUCAUAUUUACAAAUGCCCCUUCCCCCUCGAUAAUGUCGUAUGCGCGGGAUUUUUGGAGAUUUUACAAAGGUUUACUGACUGCUUAUUUAAAAUUAAUCAUUUUUGUUUGUUUGUUUUUUAAUGGCACCAGGCAACCAAUUUACAUUGUCACUGUACAAGUUGGCCGUAACAAUAAAUCUUCCGUGACGUA